GGACAUUGCUGACCUGACAACUUGCAAAGUUGUUGUUUUUGUUGGUUGUUGAUGUGCUGGUUGAUGUGUUUUGUUGCUUCAGAACAAUGUUAAUUAAUUGAAAAAAAAAAAUGAGUUAAAGCCCAAAAAAUCCUCCUCGAACCUUAACAAACUGGUUUCCAAAAUCAUUUUAUCCUAUAGCAUGAAAUAGACUUCCCACCUGCCUAGCAAUGAAAAUGUUCAACAGCAACUUGCUCUAUGAAAAGAGGCCUCUUAAGAAACCUAGAAUAGGGCCUCCCGACGUUUACCCCCAAGAACCCAAACAGAAAGAGGACGAGCUGACCAGCGUUAACGUUAAACAUGGAUUUCCUACUAUGACACACUUGAAUGAUGAAUUUGGGACUGCUAAGAAUUGUAAUGUUACUGCUAGCAAGGUUGGAGCCUAUUUCAAUGCAAUCAUCACUCGGAAGGAGGAACUCAGCGCUAUGCCAGAAACCGGUCGUAAGCGUCAGCAAAUCAAUCCAAAAGACAAUUUUUGGCCUGCAACAAUCAGAACAAAAAAUCAUAUCGAGGCUUGGUUCAAAGAUUUAGCCGGCAGCAAACCUUUGAUGCAUUUAUCCAAAAAAGCACCAAAUUUUAAUAAGAAAGAAGAGAUUUUUAUGAUGCUGACUGAGUACCAAGUGCCAAUGGUGAGAGCCGCUUGGUUCAUAAAGUUGAGUUCGGCUUAUACUGUGGCUGUGUCAGAGGCUAAAAUCAAGAAGAGGCAAAUGUCAGAUCCAACAACAGAAUGGACAAGUACCCUCCUAAAAUUCCUAAAGGAUCAAACUCCAAAACUACAAGAAUACUAUUCUCAAACUGAAAAACCGCCGCCACCAAAUGUACCUCUUACCACCCUUGCCACCAAUGAAAAUGAUUCAAAACAAGCCAUAAGGCACUGGAUGUAUUGUUGUAGAUUGUUAAAGUACAUGUAUGAAGAGGCUUUAAUUGACAGGCAAGACGUAAUGAUAUGGAUUAUUGAUGUUUUGGAAAAACAUGAUAAACCUAAAAGCCAGCCUCAGGAUGAUGGUUUAUUAAGGUUGCUGUUACCUUUGACUUUACAGUAUUUGGAUGAGUUUGUACAAUCUGAACUGCUAUCAAGACGCCUGUGUCACUUUUGCACUAAAAAAUUGAAUUUUAUGAUGAAUAGUGUACCAGAAGCCAAUUUGAUGACUUCUCCUCCCAGUGAGAGCAAAACAGAACCAAAAGAAGCAGAGAAAGAAAUAAAAAAAGAAAAUGUUCCUCCAAGCAACCCCAUACAAAAUAAUCUAAAUGAAUAUCAAAAUUGCCAACACCAUAAGGACAUCGUACUUGAAUUAAGCACAAUAAUUCAUACAAUCCUAUUAGAAUGUCCUACUGCUUUAGUAUGGUGUUCCACAGGAAUCGGAACUCAAUGGCAUGGAUCACCUUUAGAUAAUUUACCAGUAGCUCCCACCAUAUUACCAACUCCCGCAAGAUGCGACAUGAACUCUUACAUAAAACAAAUACGUCAUGCAGAAAUGUUGGUUGGAGAAAGAAGUAGAAAAGCAGAAGGCAAAUGGUGCAUGGACAAAUUUCAAACCUCAGCUGGGACUGUUACUACAAGAGUUUUAGCAGCUUUGGAUGCCUUGGAUAGGCAUCGUUUUGAUAAAAUGGAUGCUACAAACUCGUUGGAUACGCUUUAUGCUAAAGUUUUUAGCGGUUCUGGUGAUCAGGAAAAUGCCAUAGUGAAGCUACUUUGUGAAUGGGCUGUAUCACCAGAAAGAACUGGGGAACAUAGAGCUUUAGCAGUUGCUGCUUUAUUAGAUAGGAGACAAUCAGAUACGAACCCAACAGAAAGUCAAGAAGCAACCCCAGGAGAUGAUAAAGAUAGUAGCAGCUCUCUGCCUGGAGGACCUCCAAUGUUCCAGUCCUUAUUAAUGAAGUUUUUGGAUGUGGACGCCCCCAUACCUGGCCAUGACGACUCUCAACAAAAAAAGACAGCAUUUUCCAAUUUGGUACAUUUAUUUGCGGAACUAAUACGCAGAGAUGUAUUCUCCCAUGAUGCCUAUAUGUGCACUUUGAUUGCUAGAGGCGAUUUGAUUGGUCAUGAAGACAAUUCCGAUAGUAUGGGCAAUAAUCAUCAUAGCAAAAUUGAACCGAUGGACUAUGAUGAUGCUGAUGUUGACAAUGAUUUGGAUAAAAUUCUGCAAAAUAUAAAGGAGGACCAGCAAAAUUCUAUGGACAUACCGGAUAGUCCAAAGGAACAUGAUCAUGGGCAUCAUCCUCAUGUACCCAACAUGGGACAUGUUCCUAUGGAAAGCGGGCAUGGAGAUCACAGGAUUAAGGUUUCGCGACAUUUUUUGUACACAACGCACUUUCCGCUAAGCCAAGAUGACCCAUUUAGCCAGCACGAUUGUAAUCAACGUCACAUUUUGUUGUAUGGGGUGGGCAAAGUAAGAGACGAAGCUCGACACACGGUUAAGAAAAUGUCGAAAGAAAUUUGCAAAUUGUUCUCAAAAAAAUUUAGCGUUGACGUUGCUGAAGGAGGAAAGGUAAAAAAACACUCCAGAAAUGAAUUCAACUUUGAAGCAACAACUCAAAAGUGCCAAAGUUUGAGCUAUUUUGACCAACACUUGGUGACAUGGCAAUGUAGCGUCACUGUAAUAGAAAUGCUCAAUUCUUUUGCCACAGGAAACUCUAAUUAUUUACCUGUACAAGAACAUGUAGCUUUCCUGUUCGAUUUAAUGGAGCUAGCAUUGAAUAUUUACGGGCUGAUAGAUGUUUGUAUUCAAAUUCUAAAGGAACUGCCUGAAGUUGAAAAUCAGCUUUACAAUAAAAACUCGGUUUUGAGUAGAAAUUACACUACAGGUUUGAGCCUUUAUAUUGUUGGUGUUUUACGACGAUAUCAUUGUUGUUUAUUAUUGUCUCCUGAACAAACUUCAGCCGUCUUUGAAGGCUUGUGCAAAGUAGUAAAACACGUCACUAACCCUGGCGAUUGCAGCUCGGCAGAACGUUGCAUACUGGCGCAUCUCUAUGACCUUUACUCCUCUUGUAGUCUCCUCAAAUCCAAACCCCACGCCGUGGAACCGUUUGGAAAUGCUUAUCCAAAAAUCAAACAAGCUUUGUAUAGCAUUUUAGUGUUGCAGCCCACCAGCAGCACAUAUAUUUUCAAUCCUCAAUUCAUGCAGGACAUUUUUAAGAACCCAAGGAGGAUUGGGAGAAUUGAGAGUAGUUGGGCUAAGCAGUUGAAUGAGAAUGCCAGCAACAGGUAUUCAUUUGUCUGCAAUGCCGUAAUUCGGGUCUGUUGCAAAGAUCCAGACUCGGAUAGAAUAAACGACAACGAACGCUUAAACGACAUGGCAAUACUUUGCGCUGAAAUGACUGCCUGUUGCAAUUUACUCGCUUCUGAGUGGUUGGGUGUCUUGUUGGGACUGUGCAGUCCCACUUCACCUCCAGAGUAUUACAAAGAUGUGUUAAAUGAGGUGAAAAUUGAAGAUGUUAGCAUCCAUAAUUCCUUAGCAGUGUUUACUUGUAUUUUAAUAGCAAGACAUUGUUUUUCUCUUGAGGAUUUUGUGAGGACUGUUGCCUUGCCUAGUUUAUUAAAGGUUAAGUCUCUUGACUCGUCAUCUGGACUAGCAGAAGCUGGCAUGCGCCUCACUUGUCAUUUAUUGCUUCGUCUAUUUAGAACAGCUGAAGGUCCCCAACCAGGUCUUUAUUCAGUGGGAUCACCGCCCCUUACCUCUCCAAGGUUGCCUUUAGGAGUAAGACUUAGCUGCGAUCGGCAUUUGUUGGCUGCCGCCCAUAGGAAUAUCGAUGUUGGUCCAGUUUUGGCAGUUUUAAAGGCUGUUUUAAUAGUGGGCGAUGCUACAGCUAAACAAGGCACUGAACCUAGUCUGUCAAAUAUUCUAGGUACUAGCGACUUGCAUAGUGGAGUAGAUGGACCAAAUUUAGAUUUACCGUUGGUACAAAUGGACGUAUGCGGUACACGGACUGCGCAUAGGCAAAUCACCAGCGGAAAUCCAGAAGGAACUGCUUCAUUAUCAGCCUUUGCCAAUCACGUUUUAAGGGAAAUAUGCUCCCAACAAUGGGUAUUGGAUAGAUGUUUAUGCCAUCCUGAGAAGCUUUGUGAUAUCGAUAAUUUAUUAGAUGAUUUAUUAACUCACUCUCAGGCUCAAAGACUACUUCACAUGAUAUGUUAUCCAGAAAUAGCUUCCAGUAUUGAUGAACUAGAUCAGAAAAGUAUGAUUAGUCGUAUACUUGAGAGUCUCGAAUUAUGGACGCUUCGCAUGUCCUGGCUGGAUCUCCAACUGAUGUUCAAACAAUACAGUGUAAACACACCAGAACUAUCUCAAUGGUUGGACACGGUUGCCAAGGCCGCCAUUGACGUUUUUCAAUUAAACUCUACAGCUACGAGUCCAAAAUCAGACGAAACAAAAAAAUCUGAAGCUAGAAAUAAGACUAGCUCUAUAUGGUUAGUGGCUCCGUUGAUAGCCAAACUAUCUGGCGCAGUGCAAGGGCGGGUGCUCAAAAUUGCAGGACAAGUGCUAGAAAAUGGCGGCUGGCAUUGCAAGGACCAAAAACCAAUGGCAAAAAGAACUACUAGUGAGAGUCAAAGCAUGCUGACUCAUCAGCCUUUUUUGAGUUUGGUGCUGACAUGUCUCAAAGGGCAGGAAGAAGGUCAGAAGGAAGGUUUGUUGUCAUCUUUACAUCAACAGCUAACACAGUUGGUGCAGCAAGCUAAAGAAGGCAAUCUCCAAGACACAUGUCACAGCGAAAGGACUUUGGACGGCCUUCAACUGAGAUUUGCCUUAGUAGGUGGUGUUUUUGAGGCUUUUCAAAGAAAUAGUUCUGCUACUACGGAUUGGGCUCUAUUGCUAGUACAGCUUGUCACCCAUGGAAUUAUCGAUCUGCACACUAAUAGUGAACUAUUUACUACAAUUAUUGAUAUGCUGGCAACUUUGAUACAUUCAGCUUUAGCCACAGAUACACAGGACGAAGGUAAAAAAAUGCACCAGAACCUAAUGAAAAAAAUUAAAAAAGAAAUUGGAGAAAGGCAAAACGUAUCUUUGAUGCACAUUAAACAGUUACUGCCACUUCCGAGGCUAACCACAGAGAUUAUUGCUGUCGAACCAGCUGGUUGCUUGACUGAUAGUAAAGGCUACAAAAUUAGCUUUGAUAGCGUGGAUAAGAAACAUGAUUUGCUGAUCUCUGAUAAACAGCGUGUCAGCAGUUGGGACAUAUUAGAAGGCAUGAAAAAUCCUCCACCGUUGUCUUGGUCAUGGUUUGGAGCAGUCCGUAUAGAAAGAAAACCAUUAAUGACCGAAGAUACACACAGAUUAUUGAAGUUUCACACUCACAAUCUGCAAAAACCGGCUAGCUAUUAUUUGGACCCGCCACCAUUACCUCCAGAGGAUUUGGAACCCAUUCCGGAUAAAGUAGAUUCAAAUUUGAAAGCUGACACUCCAUCGUCAGUGGACCAAAGUCCAGCAGCCCUAGGAAAAGGCAGAGGCAAAAGGGGCGGGAAACGUAAACCAAAACCAGGGCCAAUAAAUGUCAAUCCCAUGGCAAUGGGGCAUAAUCCAAUGGGUCAGCAACCCGGCAUGGCUAUGGGAGUGCAGGGCAAUAAUCCGCAGAUGGGUCAUGGGAUGGCUGGAUAUGGACAGAAUCCUGGUAUACAACCAGGUCAACAAUAUGCUGGUAAUCCUAACCAACAAUGGUAUCAACAAAAUCAAAAUCCCCAACAAGGUUACGGCUAUCCCCCGAUGGCGGUGAACCGAUUUGAGCGUCCUCAACUCAACACCUCCAAACAGGCUCUCUCCAAUAUGCUCAGGCAAAGACAUCCAAUCAACAACUACGGAAUGCCAGGAAUGCCCGCCAAUCAAGCAGCGGCGGCUCCUAAUCCUGGUUAUGGACAAAUGCAGCGAUUCCCUAGGCAAACUCUAAGACAGCAGCAUCCUGCAACAAUGCAAACCAAUCAGGCAAUGUUUCCUAACCAAUAUGGCAACAUGCAAGCCGGUAUGGGUAAUCAGUAUAGUAAUUUUGCUGGUAAUAAUCAAAUGAUGCAGGGCAAUAUGCAAAGUAAUCCACAAAUGAUGCAAGCCUCACAAAGUAGCAUGUUUGCCGGUCAACAACAAGGUUUUGGCCAGCCAAGGCCUGCCCAGCCAGAUUACAGACAAAUGGGUGGUAAUCCUAGAGCACCGUAUAUGCAACAAGCCCCCAACGUUACUAUGAACACUAAUAUGGGCAGUAUGGGAGGAGGAAUGGGCGCUCAAGGUAUGAGUGGUCCAGCACCUCCAUAUUCCAGGCCAGGACAAGUCAUGCAGCCGGGUGUACAAAAUCAACAAACUCAAUUCCAACAACAGCAAAGGAUAAGGCAACAAAUGAUGGCCUUACAGCAGCAGCAGCAGCAGCAGCAACAACAACAACAGCAGCAGCAGCAGCAGCAACAACAACAACAACAGCAACAACAACAAGGUGGUCCUGGAAGUCAACCGAGUCCAGCUUUGGUUGCUCACCUUCAAAGACAAAUGAAUCCGCAGGCUUAUCAUCAACCACCUCCAUAUAAUAUGCAGUAAGAUUUGAAAUAUUUAUUAAGGUUUUUUUCUAUUGUAUUCCCCUUUUAAUUGUAUGUCUGUAUGUG